AUGUCUUCUGAAUCACUGCCUUGGUAUGAGGAUGUCUAUGCACCUCCACCGCCCUCGCCAUCUGAUGGUUCCUCUGCGACGAUGAGCAUUGAUGGCGACACUGUCUCUGCGAGCCCAUGGGAAGCCGACUUCCCAGUCGAAGUCUACGCAGAUAGAACCCCGGUUUCGCCAAUCACCUUCCGAUGGCCGGCUAACUUGGACGCAUCCAAAUAUUAUAUAGAUGUUGUGGGGGUUGCGCAGUGGUACCCGCCUUGUCCAGGAAGGGAGACAACUCCUGAGGUAGUUACCCCGGGACUCUGCGCCCUCCCAAAGCAAUUGGCCAUCGUUUCUAAAGCUUCCUCCGGGCCCAACCCUCCUUCCUCUCGCCAAUCCUCCUCCUCCACUAAACCCAAUCGCACAAUCUUACAACGACGCCAAUUCCGACUCCUAACCAAAGGUGUUGACCAACCUCUCGCACCCAUCACCAUCAAGAAUAUCAACCCAUUAUUCACCCACAUCAAUCAAGAACCUACUGCAAUCAAUACUACAGGACGUAAAGCCAUCAAAAUGGGCAAUAGCAAACGUCAACCCUCCCUAAACGACUCGGUCCAAGUCAACAGCAAGCAAGAUUCGAAUGACAUCGAGACACGUAGCAUCUCAAUGGAUACCAAUGAAGGCCGUUACGCUGCCUUUGAGGCUGGCCUGCGUUUCAUUCAUCGUUCCGCCGAGGCUUGGCCGCAAGCUGGUGACCGCGAAAACGACGGACCCUGGGAACAUGCGACGGCCUUAGCUGGAGAAUACGACAGCGAUUACGACGACGCUGAUUACGGCAAAGAGGUCGACGCCCUUAACCCAAGAAUCGGUGACCGCGGCAUCCCAGACCAGGCUGCCCUGAACCACGUCAUGCUCAUGCAUGAAAAAUUCACCAAGAUGACCUUUGCGCUCAAUCGAGCUGCUGUAAGGAACAGUAACACCACCACACGCCUAUGCAAGUCCGCCAAUGACAUUAUCACAACCACUCCUAUUCGUAUUAAGGUUCUCAACAAGGAGAAAUACGUCCCCACGCCUCUUACCUCCGAUGAUAUUAGCAGCAGUACUCCUAAUACCUCUAAUACGGAUUCUCGCGAGAAACGCAGCUCUGACGGUACUGCUGAUACGGACCUCUCCUCACCAACACCUUCCCAAUUCCCCAAUGCUUCGAAGGCUAUCGGAUACCAAGACUCUCCGAAGCGUGGUCGUGGUCAUGGUCGUGGCCGCCCCCGUCGCGGUCGUCCUCGUGGCGGUACUCCUAGAAGUGCUCAAUCCAAGAGAAAGAGAAAUGACGACGCAGAGUAUAGACCUGGCGACUCUGAUGAUUCCUCUGAUAACGACAUGAGGAAUCGUAGCCGCAAAAAGCUUCGAACCUGA